GUCUGUCAGAGGAUGACAAGUCUGGGCUGGUCUGCAGUCUGCAGUCUACAGCUUCGCUUUGCACUUCACAGUCUGCAUACUUGCGUGGCACACCUGGUGGUGAGCUUAGUUGUGAUAAGCCAAUCAAUCUUCAAGGCAAGGCCAGGCUUACUGUGGAGCAGUACGGGAUGGCAACACAUAUGAAGGUUGAAGGGAGCUGAAAAUUCAAGAUCAGGACAAAAAUGAGGGAAAAAAUCUACAAAGAAAGUGAAUGUGAUGGGCGGGCAGGAGAGUAGAGAAUGUGCGGCGGCAGAACAUGAACAGGAGAUGGGUGAGGCCUGUCUGCGGGGCACCAUGGACCCUGCAUGCAAGGGCGGUAAGGCAGCAGAUAUGGAGGCUCAGAAAGACAGCGACAAGGGCUAUAACCCCGAGGAGUGCCCCGUCUGUAUUUCGGCCUUCGAUGACGUGAUGCAGCGGCCCCGCAACUUGCCCUGUGGCCACACAUUUUGUACAUCGUGCAUCAAUGGACUCAAGGAGCUGGGUCACGUCACCUGCCCCAACUGUCGCCUCGUACACGUCGUGCCUGAUGCGGGGCAGUUCCCCAUCUCCUACAUCACCGAGGACUUCAUAAGGAGACUGCGAGGCACGGCACCAGCCUCCCUUCUAGGCAAGGCCGGGAAAGACGCAGGAGAGCCUGUGCCAUCACUUGACAUGCAGCCUGAUGUGAAGGGAGCGGAGUGUUUGAGCCGGGCAAUACGGUCCAUGCUGCAGGAGCAGGAAGAGAAAGUCCUGGCCACCAUCCGGGGGUGCCAGGAGCUCCAGGUGCAGCUGGAUCACUACCAGACAUCCCUGGGGGUGUGGGGAGAGCAGCAACAGCACCUGGAAGACAGACUUCAGACACUGGUGGACAGGAGCAAGGGUGCCAGGCUGCUGGUGAGGCAGGAGGAGGCCCAGGUGGAGGACAAAAGGAAGCAGGUGCAGCAGGGGGAGCAACAGCAACACCUAAUGUUACGUAGGCUACGCUCGGUCACCUCAAGACAGGAGGCUUUCGAGGCUAUUGAUGAUGCAGACCUGCUUGCCGACCAGGAGAGCCAGAGGACGCAGGCGUGGCAGGAAAUGUUUCCUAAAGUGCCCACUGUUGCCACAAUCAGGAAGAUGAGGGUGACGUCGAGGGCAGCCUUGAAAGCUGUGCAGACUAUGGAGGCAGCCCUGGAUGCGAAGAACAUGGAGGAGAACACGGAGAACGCAGAGGGCACAGUUGAUACAGAGGGCGCUUGUGGUGAUGACGAAGCAGAAACCAGUGCCCCUGCAGCCCCGCCUUCCACUAUCCUGACGAGGCUGGAGGCCCUGCUAGCGCCAACUCUAGAGGCCGAGGAUCUUUACUUACUGAUGCCGCCCACCAGGAGUCUGCUGGAGGCGGGCCUGGUCUUCGCCACCCACACAAUUGAAGGUGAGAAACGGUACGCUCAAGUAAGCCUUCAAGACGAUUGCCUGUACCUCCACUCCCUACAGGACCAGCGCCCACCUCCUAGAGCCGCAGUGGUGCCGAUUGACGAGGUGGUCCCGGUCGCUCCACCCUGCCUUGUCUUCCUGGACCUGACGUGGCCGGACAGCCCUCCUUGCCGGGUGCUGGUGCGGCUCAUUCCCGACACACCGCUGGGACGACAGUUCAUUUGGCUGUGCACGGGGGAGAGGGGGCCCUGUUACGCCAAUACUACGUUCUUUCAUCUGAAGUACAGCGGACAGCCAGGCGAGCGUGUGUCAGGGGGAGACUACGAGAGGAACAACGGCAAGGGAGGAAGCCCCUUGCUGCCUGACCUCGACAAGGGGGAUUACCGCGAGUCACGCCGGGCGGGGGCAGUGCACGCUGUUUGGCGCGGUGAUGACAGGUCCAACUGGAAUUCCAAUUUUGGUAUCCUCAUAAAGGACUUGGAGGAGGAAGGAGACCCUGUGGACACUGUGUUUGGUGAGAUAGAGGCUGGCAUGGAAGGGGUGAUGGAGGCAGCCAAGCAGUACUACAUUACAGAUGUGGUUGUGAAGGACUGCGGUGUGGUGUUAUGGGCGGAGUGAACCAUCGCCACCACAAUCACCACCACAGAGCUUGCAAAAAAUGAUAUAAAUUUAUUCUCUACUUGAUUGUAUUUUCUGCUUGCACUGAAACAUUCCUUAGCGCUGCCUCAAUGAUGCUUUUGUUGUGGAACACUCGCCAGAACGCCUGUGUUCUUGUAACCUUGCUGCUGUUUGUCUCAUUGUGUAUGUGUGGGUGCAUGCGUGCGUACUUGUGCGAGUAUACAUCACCCUAGUCACUAUAUAUUUUUAUUUUAUCAUCCUAGUCACUAUAUAUUUAUAUUUUGAGUUUCGAAAUUUGUAAGUUUUCCAUUACAGAGGUCUGGUUAUGCUGCUGGUAAUGGUAGUCAGGGUGAGUGAUAAUGGCAGUUAGUUAGGAUUAGUGGUAUUGGUAGUGAAUUAGGAUGGGAGGUAAUGGUAGUUUGUCGGAUUAGUGGUAUUGGUAGUGAAUUAGGAUGGGUGGUAAUGGUAGUUCGUCAAAAUGAAUGGCAAUGGUAAUCAGGGUGAGUGGUGAUGGUGGUUAGUAAGGAUGGGUGGUAGCAGUUAGUUAGGAUGGUCAGUAUAAAACCAGAGAGCAGUCCAUUACCUUCACAGAACGGCCCCGUAUUCUGAAACCGUUUGCUCUCACUACGACUAUUUUCAAUCACGGGGAUGAUUAGCCAAUUUCUCAAGAGUUUCUCCUGUUAACAAUGCAGAAAAUCUUGUUAAUCUGUCACUAGGAUAUCAUUAAGAACUGUAACUUCAACUACAGUCUUUUGAAAGAGAGGCGUGGUGCAGAAGUGUUUCAAAAUGUCCCAAGUAUUGUAGCGUCGCCUCUGGUUUGCUAUUUGCAGCAAUGUUCUCAAUGGCCUUUUAGGAUCAUAUUUUGGAACCCUUCUAUGCCACAGUCCGACUGCUUUCAAAAAAGACUUGUUGAAGUAACAGGCUUUUAAGUUUUUUCUUUUUUCUUUUUUUAUGGUUUGAGUGACAGAUUAACAAGAUUUUUUCUACGUUAUUAUCAGGAGAAUCUUGAGAACGCAGUUAAUCAUCAUCUCUGUGGCUUUUAAAAAUAAUUGUGAUGAGAGCAAAGAGUUUCAGAAUACGGAUCUUAUACUCCUGAGACCUUUCAUGAGAGGGGGUCAAAUAAGGUUCAGAAAAUAUUACAUCAUUACAGUAUAAUAUACUAUGCUUCAUGUAUUCAUGGGUUGUAAACUACAACUAAGUAGAAUUUUCCAGUUUUCCAAUAAAGGAUGAAAUUGUGAA